GGGCAUGUGGCCUAAGCCUUCUCAACAACGCGCACAUCUAUACGCCCUUUUCCAUGAUAGAUGGAUCUCGCGGACAAACGGCCUUGAACGUUUAUCAAAAUAAGCCAAGGUGGGCUGAAUAGGCUGAAAGGGCGUUCCGUCCCCGCUGUUGGUUUAUUGAUAUUGCUUCCGCGCGUGAGACGCCACCACGUGGAACGUCUUCGACGUCGAUAUAAAAGAUACAAGGAGCCUGUGUUUGGUAUUUCGAUACUCUGCGUUUGCGCACUCACAAGUCCAAUACUACAACAUGCCGUCUACUAAAAGCAAGAACAUCAUUAUUACUGGCGGUGCGCGAGGCAUUGGUCGCUGCACAGCACGACACCUGCUUUCGUUGCCAGUAUCGCAUCGCGUUUUCAUCAUCGACUUUGAUGCGGACGAGCUCGAAUACACAGUUAAUACACAUCUAGCCGCCUACGCACCACGUGUCAGCUCAUCGAUCACCAACCUCCGCAAUCCGGAAGAAAUUCGCAGCGCAGUCGCCAAAGCCGCCGAAUUUUUCGGUGGUCGGAUAGAUGUGUUGGUCAACAAUGCUGGAGUCGCUCGAGGAUUCUUCAACGCAGGAAACGGGACUAUGGAAGACAUCGCUACAGGAGAGCAAUGGGAAGCAUACAUGGCUACCAAUCUCAGCGCGCCCUUCUACAUGAGCCAGGCCGUCAUCCCUUUUAUGAAGAGUCAGAACACACAAAAAGACGGUGCGCCAGGCGUUGAUCGAUCGAAGGAUCUGAAGCGCACGGAGGAGUUCAACCAGCUGCCACUGAACCUCCAUGGCGAGGACAAGUUGGAAGAGGGAGGCUGCAUCAUCAAUGUUGCUUCCUUUCGCGCACAUCAGUCAGACCCAGAUUGUGAAGGCUAUGCUGCAAGCAAAGGUGGUGUGCUGGCACUCACACAGGCCAUGUCUGUUUCAUGCCAGCGUUGGGGUAUCCGAGUCCUGGCUAUCUCGCCAGGCUGGGUUAGCGUACAGCACGAGUGUAAAGCUCGCGAUUUGCAGAUCAAGGAAAUGCAGAACGGAUCGUACAAAGAGGUCGCACCACAUGAGGAGGAAGCGGUGAAGCGAAGGAUGAAGGCCUGGGCGGAAGAUCUGGAUGAACUCUAUCACAAGCAACACCCAGCCGGCAGAGUGGGUAGGGGGGAAGAUCUCGCUGAGAUGGUUGAGUACGUCAUGGGUGCAGGCUUCUUGAGUGGACAGGAGUUGAUCUUGGACGGCGGUGCAAACCGGAGAAAGAAUCCCAAUAUUUGAGAUGUCUGCAUAGAUUAAUAAAGACAUGCGCAAAGCCAACUUGAGAGCUAUGCAUGCGCAACAGAGGGUUGUUAUCAAGUGCGAUACGCCGCCAACGCCAUGCU